AUGUCGGAACUUCGUCGGCGACGGAGAGCCUCCUCGACGGCCUCCUUAUCGAGCAACUCCGCCGCCAGCUCGCAUUCCUCCGAUCCGGACCUGAGGCCAGCCUCCCCGGCCGCCUCGUCCUUCUCCGCCCUCCUCUCCACUCCGCCAUCCGUCCUUCGCGUCUUUCUCGUUCUCGUGGCCUUCCGUCUUCUGAACGCAUUGACCGUCCGAACUUUCUUCCAGCCUGAUGAAUUCUACCAGUCUCUCGAGCCGGCCUGGCAGGCCGCCUUUGGGGAGAGCCACGCGCCGUGGAUCACUUGGGAAUGGCGCCACCAAUUGAGAUCCUCCCUUCACCCUCUCCUCUUUACCGCUGUUUACUCCACCGCCAACCUGCUAGCUCGCCUUCUCCGCCUUUCCCCCGCAUGGCAAGCGGAGCUCCUUAUUGCCGGCCCCAAGAUAGUGCAGGCCAUUAUCGCGGCCGCUGGCGACCUUUAUACCUGGCGAUUGGCUUGUUAUGUGUAUAAUCCAUUGUCUCAGGAGGCCUGGGCUGCGCUGGCGUUGACCGUUGUCAGUCCCUGGCAAUGGUUCUGUUCCACCAGGACUCUGUCCAAUUGUCUCGAGACCUCCCUCACCGUCGCUGCCCUCUGCCAGUGGCCGUGGGAAUGGUCAUCAGGCCCCUCAACAACUACUGGGUCGGAUGAGCCCGAGAUAAAAGUCCAGACAAAUGAGGAGCAGCCUGACGGUGAUAGUCUUACCAGGUUUCGACGAUGCCUUCUGCUCGCGGCUGUAGCAUGUAUACUGCGGCCCACCAAUAUCCUAGUUUGGAUGGUCCUUGCUGGCGUGUUGUUAUACCGGAACGAUUGGCCACGGCGAGCUAUUCUUGUCCGUGAAGCCUUGCUUUGUGGCUCGCUUGUUCUAUCCGUGUCGGCUACCGCAGAUCGAUUCUUCUACGGGUUCUGGACUUUUCCACCUUUCCGGUUCCUGUAUUUCAAUCUUGCGCAAUCGUUAGCUGUCUUCUACGGGCAGAACGACUGGCAUUACUAUGUGUCCCAGGGCCUUCCUCUCCUCCUUACCACGGUCCUGCCGUUCACCAUUUUUGGCUUGUAUCGCUCGUUGUCCCAGCCGACCGCGGGUGCGUUCAACAAGUUACAAGCUUCAGUGCAGGUUCAGCUCGCAUCCGUGUGCUUCAUCAUGCCUCUGGCGCUUUCGUUGAUCUCUCACAAGGAAGUGCGAUUUAUCUAUCCAUUACUACCGUCAUUGCACGUCCUUACUGCGCCUACUCUGGCGAAAUUCUUUGGUCCCGCGGUGACCACGGGAAGCGGAAGAUACUUCCCAAGGCGCCUCAUCUUGUCUUUCUUGCUCCUAGCGAACGUCUUCAUUGCGUUCUACACGACUGUUAUCCAUGCAUCCGGCCCACUGGCCGUGUUGUCAUACCUCAGGGGUCAGCGACAGCUCCACGGUUCCAGCAACAUAGCCGAUCCUUCCCAGUCCGGGAUCACAGCGGGGUUCCUCAUGCCCUGUCACAGUACCCCGUGGCGCUCACACCUGGUUUAUCCGACCAUUAAUGCCUGGGCACUGUCUUGCGAGCCCCCUGUCGGGCUCAACGCCUCCGAGAAAGCGGAGUACUUGGAUGAGGCGGACCAGUUCUACGCCGACCCUGACAAAUUUCUGCGCGCAAAUAUGGUUGGCGGGUUGCGUCGAUUCCCCCGGAGGCCAACCUACAACGACUAUCGGAGACCUCGACAGUUGCCCACGGAGUACCAAUCCACUAGCCCGCAUGAGUGGCCUGAUUAUCUCGUCUUCUUCGCCCAGCUGGAGCCCACACUGCGGAGUCUUCUCCGUUUCUCCUCGUACAAGGAAUGCCAUCGCACUUGGAAUACCGCCUGGCAUGACGAUUGGCGCCGCCGGGGCGACAUAGUUGUUUGGUGCAUGGAUCCACAGGAACAGGGAUCCGAUUUGCAGCGGCAACGCGAGAGCCGGGAUCGCCGAUUCGACGACAUUCUGCAAACCAUCAAGGGUUCCGUGGCUGGCAUGGGUAAGCAAUCUUCACCGCGCCCAUGGUCAUCCUUAUUCUCAGGUCCGUCGCGGCCGUGGUCAUGGUCGUUACCAUGGCAACACCGCAGACGCACAACCAUUUUCGGGAUCGAAUUGCCCAGCUGGAUGACACCGUCUUCGAAGACUUCGAAAUGGCUGUCAUCGUGGAAGCUUCCCAGCUGGGAGGAAUGGGAUAGACGGUUGAACGAUCGGGCAAAUUGGGCUUGA